AGAGCGCUUUGACGAUAGAGUUUGUACAAGCAUGAGUCAUUUUAUUAACUGUAAAAUGAAUCCUAGAAUAUUAUGUUUUAAGAAAUCAACCUAAAUUGUUAGAUAUAUACGUUAACAUUUCAUUCCCGUCGCUACCAAGAUAAUUUAGGUCUUUAUAUUUAAGUAUACAUAUUCUUUGCUAGGCCACUCCUGCUGGUUAGCACCACACAGCACUACUAACUACACGUGAUAUUUGUCGAGGCCCCUGUAGUAGCUGCAGCAAUGUGAUGGCUAACAUGAUCCUAGGCUUAAUAGUAAUCCAACGUGCAACAAUGUAGUUUUUUCAAAGAUGUUGGCCCUAUAAUAUAUAAGUAGAAUAAUGCUGAGGAACAUGGCUAGGCCACCACCGUCUCCGUUGUUUGUACUCCGCGGUUCCAGUGGAUUUGCUCAUUCAAUUAGUUUUAUGAAGUGCAACGCUGGUGCGGCUGAAGCUGAUCAAAGUAUUUUAGCAACAGGGUGCUCAACUGGGGAGAUAUAUUUUUGGAAUUUGAAGACAAGAAGGGUAACAAACACCCUACAGGGACAUGGCAAGGAUGCUGUAAUUUGGGUCGAAGAAUACCACCAAAACAAGCUUAUAAGUCAAGGGAGGGAUCAAAGUGUUUGCAUCUGGGAUGUAGGCGAAGGUCGUCAAGAGGUCAUUAAGCAACUUCCUGUUAGUUCAGUCAGCUUUUGUAAAUGCGCACUGUCAGUUGAAGAUAAUGGAAGUCACAUGCUUGCAACACCAACUUGUGAAGUUGCUACAACUAGACUCUUCCAUUUAGAGGAUGGGGAGCCAAUCUGCAACCUGAUACCAGAUAAACCAGAAUCAUAUGGAAUGGUGAUGUGUAUGGAAUGGAUAUCUACUCAUCAGCUUUUAGUCGGUUAUGAAGAUGGUACAGUUGCAUUAUGGGAUUCCAGGAAGCAAAAACUGUUGUCAAAAUUGAAACUACAUUGCGAGCCAGUGAUGUGUAUUGAUUGCUCAUCAAUAACAAUGGAAGGUAUAUCUGGGUCAGUAGAUAAUUCUCUCAAACUUUGGCAUAUCGACUCAACUGGAAUAUCAUUAACUAAGGAGCAUGAACUAACAAAUGCAGGCCUGUCCGACAUCAAAAUUAGACAGGAUAAUAGAAUUUUUGCAACAGGUGGAUGGGAUUCCAGAAUCCGUUUGUUCACAUUCAAGAAAUGUAAACCACUCGCUGUCCUGGACUACCAUACAGAGAGCAUUGUCAGCAUGGCUUUCUCAUCCCCCCUCCCAGAAUUUGACGGCUAUCGCUUACUCGCAGCUGGGGCAAAAGAUAAUUUAAUCAGUAUUUGGUCACUCUACCAAUCGUAACAAUUUUUUUUUAAAUUAAUUUUUGGGGUAUUUGGUGGUUUUGUAUGAAAGAAAUUAAAAAGCAAAUGUGUUGCUGAUUGAUUUA